CCGCCCCUUGACGUCACGGGAGGCCCGGCCCCCGCCGCCCGCCGCCCGGGGCUCCCGUUAUCCCCGCGCGGAGCGAGCGCCCCGGAAGCCUCCCCAGCCUGGGGUCAUGAUGGGCAGCAAGAUGGCGUCCGCCAGCAGGGUCGUUCAGGUAGUCAAGCCACAUACACCAUUAAUAAGGUUCCCUGACAGAAGAGACAAUCCUAAACCUAAUGUAUCAGAAGUUUUGAGAUCAGCAGGACUACCGUCUCAUUCUUCUUCAAUUUCACAGCAUUCUAAGGGAAGUAAAUCACCCGAUUUGCUGAUGCAUCAUGGUCCACCAGAUACUGCAGAAAUCAUAAAAACAUUACCUCAGAAAUACAGAAGGAAACUUGUGUCUCAAGAAGAAAUUGAAUUUAUCCAACGUGGAGGUCCGGAAUAAUCACUGACAGUGUGGCUGCUGUUUGUCAUCAGACAAAAGAAUAGUCUUUACAAUAAAGAACUUCCAAAAUGGCACAUGAGAAAUUAUACAGUAAACAACUUGAAUAAAUACUCUGUUAAAAAAAAAGAAAAAAAAUAUAGAAAAUUUAGAUGGACACUUGUAUCUUCUAAUAUAUGUUAUCUUGGUCAGUUUCUUCACAAGCUUACCUAAUUGCUUAUAUACUUAUUAAAGUAUACAUUUUUAAAUGUUAGCCUAUUAAUUUACUCUCGAUUAUCAAGUAUUACCAGUGUUGAGCUAUUAAAAGCAUACAAUAUGUAGUAAACUAUCAUAGGUUUCCCAUAAUUUCACUUUUGUUUCAGACAUGGAAAGAUUUACCAUAUAGAUUGCUGCUUUGGGGGAAUGAUUUUUCCUGAAACUGGAUAAGGAUUAGUGAAAGAAUGACUCCAUUAUUUGUUCUUUAUUUUUUUAACAUUUUUUCAUUCACAAAGUUACUGGAGUAUAACUAGUUUAAAAAGCAUAUCCUACACUAGAUGAUAAAAAUACAGUUAAGGUAAAACAGGGAACUUUGUGGUAUUAAAACUGGGAGUUAACACAAAAGAUUAUUUGUAACCUAUAUUCAGAAGAAAAUACCAGAGUUUAAAAUGGAAAAUAAGAGAUCAAAAUGAAUAUAAUCUAGGAAGAGAUGUUUGAUUAGAAAUUGCAACUUACUAUGUUAUUAAGGGUGUUAAGUCUUAAAAAAAAAAGGGGGGGGUGUUAAGUCUUACUAUUUGAUUUAUUUUACUGUUUUGUCAUGUAUGCAAAUUCUGAAAACCACUUUCUCAAACUUAAUGUCUGAAAGCCUCUUAAAAUCAACCUAAAUAUUUACCUUAUUAAAGCUAUUUAUGGAACUUUAGAGGCUUACAGUGCCAAGGGUAUGCAUUAUUGUGAAACUAAAGCGUCACAAAGCUAAAUAAAUUUUCUUCCAUACGUUGAA